UGUGCGCGGAGAAGUAAAAUGGCGGACUUGGCGAACGAAGAGAAGCCUGCUAUAGCUCCUCCAGUGUUUGUGUUUCAAAAGGACAAAGCACAGAAGAGAUCUGCAGAUGGGUCGAGUGCGGAGGAUGGAGACGAUUCGGAUCGGGAUGAUGGCGAGUACUGUCCCCCUGUAAAGCGAGAGAGGACCUCAUCUCUGACCCAGUUCCCCCCGUCACAUUCAGUUCCCAAGAAUAAUAUCUUUAUGCCCCCAAGUUUAUGCCAGUCUCCAACUGGUAAUUCCGAUUCUGAGCCAGAAGAGAAGCCUGUUGGGUUUAGGUUGAAGCCUCCAACUCUUAUUCAUGGUCAGGCCCCCAGCGCAGGUUGUUUUUCAGGCGUCCCCAGUCAGAAGCCCAGAGAACAGCAGCGCAGUGUUCUCAGACCGGCCGUUCUGCAGGCGCCUCCAGCCAAAACCCUCACAGAACCAGCCAAGACCAACUCCAGCUGUGGAACAAAUGGAGUGGGGAGGUUUGGAGAUUCAUCAUCAGAGAGCCGAUCCAUUUUCCAGAACAACACAGAGAGCUCGGACAAAUCACCGAAGCGAGAGAAAGAUGGGGAAGAAAAUGGUGGUGGAAGUAAAGAAGAUAGUAGCGAGAAGAUGGACAGUGGACUGGACUCGACAUUUGUGUUUGGACAGAAUAUCAAAGAAAGAGCAAAGUUGGAUGAGAACAGCACGUCCAGCGACUCCACACGAGAUUCUCAGUCUAGGAGCACAAAUUAUUUCUUGCAGUAUAUGGGUACCUCUAGUUCCAAUAAUUCCACCAACAGCUCAGAUAAAGGCGCCAAAUUCGUCUUUGGCCAGAACAUGUCAGAGAGAGUGCUGAGUCCACCUAAAGGAGGCGAGUCGUCAGCCGAGGGCAGUAAAGACAGUUCGGCUCCAGCGUCUGAGCCGUCGUCACAAGAGACCACACCUGAGAAAAAUCACAGUGUAACAGAGUCUCUGGAAGAGUCUGCUGCCGCGUACACCAAAGCCACGGCCAAGAAGUGCAUUCUGGAGAAGGUGGAGGUCCGUACAGGCGAGGAGGCGGAGAGCAACGUCUUACAGAUGCAGUGUAAGUUGUUUGUGUUUGAUAAGCCAGCUCAGUCAUGGGUUGAACGAGGCCGCGGGCUGCUCAGAAUGAACGACAUGGCAUCCACUGAUGAUGGCUCGUUACAGUCUAGAUUAGUGAUGCGUACACAGGGCAGUCUGCGGUUGAUUCUCAACACAAAGCUUUGGCCUCAGAUGCAGGUGGAUAAAGCCAGUGAGAAGAGUGUUCGAAUCACAGCUAUGGACACCGAAGAUCAGGGCGUCAAGGUCUUCCUCAUAUCGGCAAGUUCUAAAGACGCUGGUCAGCUGGCCGCUGCGCUGCAUCACAGGAUCCUGGCCCUGCGGAGUCGUGUUGAACAGGAGGCUGAGAGCACGCCUGCCCCGCCCGAACCAGAGAUACCACAGUCAAACGAAGAUGACAGUGACGAUGAGAAGCCCGCUAACACAACUGGCACUGGGAAUUCCACCAACAGCGGCAACUGUGAGGAGAGCGAGACUCCUGCGGCCGAGAGCACAUAGCACCCUGAACCCCUCCUCGACCGACAACUGCCCUACAGGGUUUUAGUGCAGGCGUCUCCGUGGACAGCCCAGAUCAGCACGGGGCCCCCUCUCGGACCGGCGCUGUGGACCCCCAGGGGCCGGAGUCUCUUUCUCUCUCUCUCACCCAAACCUCUUUAGUUCAUUUCCCCUUCAACAUGUAUUGUAAAUCUGGAAUUUUUUUUAUCAUUUUGUUUGUUUUUAGUUGUUUUUUUUUUUUGUUUUCCUAUUGGACUGCAAAUAAACAAACAAAUCAAAAAGACGUCAAAAAAGGAAAAAAAAUCUGAGACUUUUCCAUGUAUGGCUUUGGACUUGGUUGCUCAUCAUAUUGAUGAGUGUGAGGGUGUUUCUCUCUCCGAUUAAGACCUGACGCGUCAAGACUGCAGUUUGUACCGCGGGACCGUUUUUUUACACAUUCUCUCUCUGUUGCUCUCUAUCUAUCUCUCUCUUCACUGGCUCUCGGCUUCAGACCAUUUCAUUAUGACAUCAUCAUGCCAAUUGGCCAAUCAGGUGGUCGGUAGCACCACGGUCAUCUGUUUGUACCUUUGUGUUCGGUGUAGUUGUAACAUUACCCCAGUUUUCAAUUGAUUACUUUCAUUUUCACCAACAUCUCCUGGACAAGCUAAAACACUUAAUAGUCUGCUAUGAUGGUAGUUAGAUUUCUCAUUGGUGUUAACGAAUAAAGGACUAAACCAGCACGCGGACUUGUGCUGUAGUGAAUCUGUUUCUAGAAUUCACCCCUUGUUACAGAGAACAAUAUCUUCACCCCAAUGUCUAUUGAAACAUCCAAAUCAGUCGUGUAGCUUCAUUUAGGGACGUUUUUUUUUUUUUUUUUUUUUAGUUGGUUUGAGUUUAACAUUUGAAACAGCAUCUCUGUAUUUGUUUGUAUUUUCCAUAUUCUGAGGGUUUGUUUUGUGUUGGCCUUUUUUUAAAUAUUGGUUUACUAUAACUUUUUAUCCAUUUUCAUGUCAUUGGAGACGAUUAUGUCAGAAAUGAGGAGUUUCUUCGUGUGUUGAAAGUUUUGAGUGCAUUUAAACACAGAAAAAGGACAAAAAAAAAAAACACUUGUACCCUUGAAUGUUCUGUAAAUUUCUAUGCGUAUAUUAUCACUUACUAGCACACCAUGUCUCCGAAACCUCCUUUACAAAAUAGUAAUAUCAAAGUAAAAAAAAAAAAAAAAAAAAGAUGAAACAUUUGAAAUAAAUUUUUGUCUUAUGUCAAAAAGUACGCCUCUAGUUCAGUUUUUCACAAAAUAAAAAAAGUUCUUAAAAGUCACUUUGCUAGCUGUGUGGUAAAAGAGACUAGCACAAUUCUUGAUUUGUGGGUGAAUCUCGUGAAACCUGUAAACAGUAUCUGGGUCAUUUUUCACCCCAGAAUCAAAAUCAAUAAAUAACAUAAUACUUUUAAACUUUAACUAACUUAACUAAACCUUUUUGGGCUGUCGCCUCCAAUUUUUCACACUCAAAUGUAAAAGCUCACCAUUCUCACACACCGUUGACUAAAUGCAAAAAAUUUAUCUAAUUUUUCUGAAAACACCCUAAAUAAAAAGAAAGACUAAUUCAUAAAUAAUAUUCUGAAGGUUUACAAUCUUAUGAUGAAUAGAAAGUUAAAAAAAAUAAAUAAAUAACCUCUUUGUUGUCCUAUCUUCUUAAGCAUAUAUUUCUGGUUCUGUUCACUCUAUUUCCUUGCAAAACGUUUCAUUUAACUAGAUGGCAGCAAGUACUAGAAAAAAAUAUUUUUUGUCUAACACAACCAUCACAAUAUGCAGAUCUGAAAUGUGGGAGGCGCUCAAAUGCAUCUCAGCCCUCACAGAUGUGCUCAGCUAUGGUCGAAUUUUGAGUUCAUGCACCAUCCCCAUUGUUUCAUCGAAUAUCUCGGCCUCUGAGUGGACUAGAAGCUAAAUCUAGGUGUCAUAAAAAAGCAGAAUAUUAUUUUGAAAAUGUGUCGAUCUGUGGUGUUAGGGCAACAAAAUAAACUGCAUAGGCUUUCAUUUGAUAUAUGACUUGUCUAAGUGCUAUGUGAAAGACUUUUAUAUUCAUAUUAAAAUUUCUACCACAUUACCUCCAGGUGGCGCUUGUUUGCAACGCGAAUGUUUUCAGGCCUUUUUUUAUUUUAGUUUUUAUUUUGCGAAACAAAUGCAAAAGUGGUAGUGUUCUUUGAAAAGUUCAGAUUCUAAGCUUUCAAAUGAUACCUCUUAUACCUGACUUGCAGUGUAUUCAGAAAGUAUUCAGACCCCUUCAUUCUUUUCACAUUGUUAUUUUGCAGUCUUAUGCUAAAAUGCUUAAAAAAAAAUAAAUUAAAAAAAAUUCACAUCAGCCUAUGCUCCAUACCCCAUAAUGACAAAGCAAAAACCAGAUUUUUUUUAUAACUUUGCAAAUUGAUUAAAAAUAAAAACUGAAAUAUCA